CAGAGAUGUCUCUUAUAAGAGUUAUCCAUGUUGAAUGUUUGAACCAGCUAAACAUACAGAGAGAAAGAGAUGAGAGAAACAGAAACGUUGUUUGAGCCAAACAAUCGACGGUUUUUCCAAAAAUUUGAAACAAAUUGCUUUAAACCAACGUUAUACAGGGUUCUGCAAAUUUGAGCAUCACGCAAGAAAAAUGUGGGUCUGAAAGAAAUCGUAAGUAUAUGUAUCCUCAAGGAGAUUUUUCACCAUCCCGUGUGAAUUCUACGUCGCACCUAAAGAUAAUACAGCAAAUUAAAGGAGGCUUAAACGAUGAAUACUUGAAAAUUCUCAAGAAGAUGUCAAUUGGGCAUUUACUUAAUAUGGAGCCGACCAGAUUCAGUGGUCCAAUUAUCAACUCUUUGCUUCGAAGAGUGGUUGAGCCUCUUGCAGGUAACGAUCCAGAUUCUAUGUACUUUUGCAUUGGAGGUAAAGUUGUGAAGUAUGGAAUGUGGGAGUCUGCACUUGUGACGGGUUUGAGUUUCAAGGGAAGUGAUGUUAUUCAUCCUCGUGGUUGUGCUGGAUCUGAGCUGAUUAAUAAAUACUUUCUUGGCAAGAAAAGUAUCACAUUGGGAGAGUUGUCAAGAAAAUUUGAUUCUUUGGAGCAGUCGACGGAUAAAGUAAAACUCGGUCUGGUUCUCCUAGUCCAGGGUGUUCUAAUGGGGAACGAAUAUGUAAGAGAUGUAAAUCUUGCAUACUUCCACAUGGUGGAAAACAUUGAGAAGUUCAACAAAUUCCCAUGGGGAAAGCUGUGUCACCAGAGGAUGCUGAAAUGUUUUAGAAAUGUUGUCGGCGGGAAAAAAGAAGUGGAGCAAAUUGGAAAAAGUAAGACUAAUCCAAAAGGCAAGUCAGCUAUUGCCGGGCAUGGAAGCUUUAGAUCUGCGUAUAAUUUGUAUGGAUUCCCAUAUGCUUUUCAGGUCUGGGCCUUUGAAAUCAUUCCACUUCUACGGAAGAGUUUUGCGAUUAGCUUAGAACCGAAACAAUUUCCACGCGUGCUGCAUUACGCUUGUGACAGUAUACAUCCAGAGUCUUCUGCAGUUGAAAAUAUACUGACAUCUAAGAUUGAAGUCCUGGCUUGCAUAAAACCCGUAGAGGGGGAGAUGUCGUCAAAGUACAAGGGGUCUGUCCUCCUGAUAUCUGCUGACUUAUCAGAAUUAGAGGAUGAUGAUGAAGACAAAGCCGUGGAGAUGGAGAUAUCGAUGGAAAUGCAAUCUGCAAAUGAAGAGUGGGAGGUAGCAAAGGAUAGGAUGAUGGUUCAGAAACACAAGCACCCCAAUCCUGUUCUAACCAGGAUACCCAGCUUUUGAGAGAGGUAUUUACACAGGUUAAGGAACUCACAUCAAAGGUUUCCAGAAUGGACAAAGAGAUGUCAAAACUUAAGGACGGUGACAACCGCAAUAACCAGGCUUCUAUAGAGAUGCAGGAGGUUAUAGAUGAAGAUGAGAGGCUGAAAAUCCUUGCGGAUGACUUGGGUGAGGAGGUGUACAAGGCCGUCAUAACUGUUCUGUCGGAGAUGAAUUACUACAGUUUCAGCGGAAGGUUUAGUGUUCCUAAAUGGAGGAACUUUAGGAGUGGUGGAAUGGAGAUAUUAAAGGAAGUUGCUUCAUUUACGCUGGAACAGUGGAGGACCCUUAAGAAAAGAUUUGAAAAUGAUAAAGAAGUCAAGAGUCUGGAAACGAAAAUGAAUGAAAUGGAGUACGAGAACAAGAACUUGAUUUAUCAGAAUGAUGAGCUACGUAAACAUUAUAUUGAAGAAAUAAACAAGAUGCAACAGGAGCAUAAGUAGAAAGGAUCAACAGGGAGCAUGAAGAACUUAAGUCGGAAAUGGAAUCGCAAAGGAAAGAGAGGGAGGUACUCGAGAUGGCAUUGCUGGUUGCUGCAGAGAAAAAGAGAAUAGAAGAGAAUCUUGUCAAGGAGAAAACUGUACUAGAAAAAGACAUGGCCAGAGAUAAAAUGGAAUUAGAAUUUGAGGAAAAAGAGAUGAGUGA